AUGCAGCCGUUCCAUCCUCUUGUUGAGGACGAAAUUGCCAGGGUCGUCGCCAUUGUGCGGCCGCUCUUCCCGGAAUGCACACUUAACUUUCGCUAUGUGACGCUCAAAGAGCCCCCCAAGAGUGUCAUGAUUGCACACUUGGAAGCACCAUCUAGCCCUCUUCCAAGAUGGGCCGCUGUACAGGUUGCCCGCACCAACGAGACCGACAUGUCCCAGCAGCUGUUUGAACUCACCGUGGACCUUGACAAUGACUGCGUCUUGGCCAACGCUCACGUCCCAGGACGCCAUUCUCACAUUGAUCCAGCCUUUAUGAAGAGCGUCGAGGCUGCGUGUCUAGCAGAUGCCGCUGUGCAAAAGGAAAUCAAGACACUCGAGUUGCCUGAAGGUGCCGCUGUCGUCGUCGAGCCAUGGGCCUAUGCCACCGAUGGAAUGAAUGACAUGUCUACCCGAAUCUCUAUCUGCUGGUUCUAUGCGCGCAUGACAUCCAACGAGGAUGCCAACUACUACGCCUACCCUCUGGAUCUCUGCGCCGAAGUCUCCGAGUCACUCCAAGUGACCAAGGUCUAUAGGCUGCCCUCAUCCGCCUCUGGCAAGAUUCACUCCACAGCCACGCCCUUUGACAAGCGCAAGAUCCAGACAUCCACCAGCGAAUACCACCCAUCACUGCGGCCUGCCCCGCGAACAACCACCAAAGCUGUGUCCAUCACACAACCCGACGGCCCGUCCUUUACUGUUGACGGCAACAUCGUCGCCUGGGAGAAAUGGACCAUGCGCGUAGGCUUCAACUACCGCGAGGGCCUGACACUUCACGAUAUCCGCUACGACGGCCGCCAGACUUUCUACCGCCUCUCGCUCGCGGAAAUGUUUGUUCCCUACGGCGAUCCACGCACGCCGUACCCGCGCAAAGCAGCGUUUGAUCUCGGCAACGACGGCGCCGGGAUCUGCGCCAACUCGCUCAAGCUCGGCUGCGACUGCAUUGGCCACAUCAAGUACUUUGACUGGUGCGACGUCACAUCAGAUGGUGAACCAAAGAAGCGCGAAAACGUCGUCUGCUGCCACGAGCAAGACGACGGCAUCCUCUGGAAACACACCAACUUCCGCACGGGCAACGGCGUCGUCGCGCGCUCCCGUAUUCUCGUCCUGCAGACCGUCAUCACUGUCUCUAACUAUGAAUACAUAUUCGCCUUCCACUUUGGCCAGGACGCAAGCAUCCACUACGAAAUCCGCGCCACGGGCAUUCUGUCCACGGCGCCCAUUGCCAUUGGUGACAGCGUCCCCUUUGGCACCGUCGUCGCUCCAGGUGUGCUGGCGCCCUAUCACCAGCACCUGUUUUGUCUGCGCAUCGAUCCCGCCAUCGACGGCCACGCCAACUCUCUCGUCGUGACCGAGUCCGCUCCCAUGCCGCUCAACGACGACACCAACCCCCACGGCACGGGAUACAUCACCACCAACUCGACCGUGGAGCGCGAGGCCGGCAUGGAUCUGUCCAUUGAAAAGGGUCGCGUCUUCAGCAUCGUCAACCAGGACAAGAUCAACAGCAUCACAGGGACGCCUGUCGGAUACAAGCUUAUCCCAAGCUACACCCAGCUUCUGCUUUCCCAUCCUUCGUCGUACCACGCGCGCCGCUCCGAGUUUGGCCAGCAUGCCGUCUGGGUGACCAAGUACAGCGAUGACGAAAUGUUCCCGUCGGGCAAGUAUACCAUGCAAUCUGCUGGCGGCGAGGGCAUUGCGUCUGCGAUUGCUAGCCGCACGGAGAGCGUUGCCGCGCAGGAUAUUGUCAUCUGGCAUACCUUUGGAUCCACGCAUAAUCCUCGCAUUGAGGAUUGGCCCGUUAUGCCGUCUGAAAAGAUGAUGGUUGGCCUCAAGCCUGUCAACUUCUUUGACGCGAGCCCUGCCCUGGAUGUACAAGCCGCAGGCUGGUCUACUACUACUGCUACUGCUACUAAUGGCCAAGAUGCUACUGCUACCAACGGGACGUGUUGCCCCAAGACAAAGUAG